AUGUACGUAAAGCAGUCCACUGGGAAAUCAGUUCAAGUUAAAUUUCCUUUUGCAUCCAAAAUAUCCACAAGCUACACCAACCCCAUAAUUCCCGGGUUCGCACCUGACCCAUCUGUGGUCUUCGUGGACAACACCUUCUUCCUUGUCAACUCUUCCUUCCAUAUAUUUCCGGGACUACCCAUCUAUGCUUCAAAGGAUCUUAAAUCGUGGACGCACAUUGGUGAGCAGAAACGCUUUCAACAGAAGGAGAACGCGACUACAGACGUGUUUCCAAUCGGUCCUGACAAGAACCUCGUAGCUGCGUUAGGUCUUUUUGCACCGACCAUUCGGUGGCACAAUGGAGUUUUCUACAUUGUCUGUACAAAUACCGUUCGCCCAGAUGGCGGGGAAUUUCGCACUGACAACUUCAUCAUUACAACAAGAGAUAUCUGGGCCAAUGAAUGGAGUGAUCCCAUCUGGUUCAAACUCGAUGGAAUCGACCCAAGUUUAUUCUUUGAUGAUACGACUGACAAGGUGGAUAUCUGGGGUCCGUUUGAAGUCUGCAUGAACAAUCCUGUGCUCACCACCGCUGAAACAGAUGAGAGAUUUUCCGGUGAAGGGAACUCGAUCAAGCUUACACCAAGUACGAAAGGACUAUCCGCAACACACGGCACAGAAACAUUCGUUGGCAAAAUACAGAUAUUUUCUAACUCUAUCGCUACCACAACUCUCUGCAUUCCUACCGAACCGCACGUGAAGACUGGGCUCUCCCUCUUCAAGGAGAAUGUUCGCCAUGUUGACAUCUGCUACGACACAGAUACACACAAGAUAACACUGGAGGUUUGCCUUCAAUUGAAGGGCGAACCCAAGGUGGUCGCAGAAGUUAAAGUUGCCACCCAGAAAGCCCAAAUGAAGAUAUCCUCAUCCGCAGAGUCGUACGAAUUCUUCAGCAGGGCUGAAACUUCUAAAGAAUGGGUGUUGCUCGGAUCAAUCGACGCACUGGACAUGACGGCAUGUGAUUUCACCGGAACUCUUUUUGGAAUUUUCGCUGUUAAAAUGGGCCCACGGCAGGCCGCUGGUACGGUGAGAUUCGAAAACUUUGUUGUAUCUUGA